GUCCCGGCCCAUCCGCUGACCCCAGCUCCGCGCCGCCGCCACCUGGCGAGCCCGCGGCCGGCCUGGAGGACGACGCGCGCCUCCGCGCUGUGUUCGACGCCCUGGACGCGGACGGGGACGGCUUCGUCCGCAUGGAGGACUUCGUCCAGUUCGCCACCGUCUACGGGGCAGAGCAGGUGAAGGACUUAACUCAGUACUUGGAUCCCAGUGGGCUCGGCGUGAUCAGUUUUGAAGACUUCUACCAGGGCAUCACAGCUAUCAAAAAUGGAGAGUCCAACAGCCAGCUGCCCAGCGUGGUGCCUGCCCAGGAUGAGGAUUCCUCAACCUGCGCUGAUGAGUUCUACGACUUCGUCACCUACGAGGCCAACGAGGUGACGGACAGUGCGUACAUGGGCUCAGAGAGCACCUACAGCGAGUGCGAGACCUUUACUGAUGAGGACACCAGCACCCUGGUGCACCCUGAGCUGCAGCCUGAGGGGGAUGCUGACAGCGCUGGUGGCUCAGCUGUGCCCUCUGAGUGCCUGGACACCAUGGAGGAGACUGACCAUGGUGCUCUACUGCUCCUCCCAGGCAGCACUCAUCAGUGUGCACAGCACAGCCCAGGUGUUACAGUGUUGCUGGUGCACAGGCCUGAGUACCCAUCCAGUUGGCUCUUCAGAGUGAAGAGCUUGUCCUGUGGGAAGCCCACGCCCUCACCAGGGUGCCCCCAGCCUCCUCCUGGGCAUGUUUCCUGCACAGCAAGCCCUGCCACCUCACCUAUAUGCAUGCCCCGCCCUCGCAGCCAGGCUGUCGUCAUGGUGAUGAGCAGCGAGGAACAUUUUGAGGACUACGGUGAGGGCAGUGAGGCCGAGCUGUCCUCAGAGGCCCUCUGCAGUGGGGAGCUGGGCUGCAGUGACAUCGCUUUCCUCACUCCCAGCUCCGACCCGCUUGCCUCAAAGCUACACAGCAUCCUCACUGACGAGGCUUUUGAGUUUUACUGUAGCCAGUGCCACAAACAAAUCAACCGCCUUGAGGACCUUUCUGCCCGCCUGAAUGAUCUUGAGAUGAAUAGCCCAGCCAAGCAGUUGUCCAGCAGGAAGGUGGCAAGGUACCUGCACCAGUCGGGGGCCCUGACCAUGGAAGCCUUAGAGGACCCUCCCCCAGAGCCUGUGGAGGGUCCAGAGGAAGACAUUGCUGACAAGGUUGUCUUUCUGGAGAGGCGGGUGUCAGAGCUGGAGAAGGACAGUGCUGCAGCCGGAGAGCAGCAUGGUCGGCUUCGGCAGGAAAACCUACAUCUGGUGCAUAGAGCCAACGCCCUGGAGGAGCAGUUGAAGGAACAGGAGCUCAGAGCCCAGGAGAUGGUCCUGGAAGAGGCCCGGAAGCAGAAGGAGCUCCUGUGCAGGAUGGAGCGAGAGAAGAGCAUUGAAAUUGAGAACCUACAGGCCAGGCUGCAGCAGCUGGACGAGGAGAAUGGUGAGCUGCGGUCCUGCACGCCCUGCCUGAAGGCCAACAUUGAGCGUCUGGAAGAGGAGAAGCAGAAGUUGCUGGAUGAGAUCGAAGGGUUGACGCUGCGGCUCAGUGAAGAGCAGGAGAGCAAGAGGAAGAUGGGGGACAGGCUGAGCCAUGAGCGGCACCAGUUCCAGAGAGACAAGGAGGCAACCCAGGAGCUGAUAGAGGACCUGCGCAAGCAGCUGGAGCACCUGCAGCUCCUUAGGCUGGAGGCUGAGCAGAGACGGGGCCGCAGUAGCAGCCUGGGCCUGCAGGAGUACAACAGCCGCACCAGGGAGAGCGAGCUGGAACAGGAGGUCCGCAGGCUCAAGCAGGAUAACCGCAACCUGAAGGAGCAGAAUGAGGAGCUCAACGGGCAGAUCAUCACCCUCAGCAUCCAGGGCGCCCGGAGCCUCUUUUCCACAGCCUUCUCUGAGUCCCUUGCGGCGGAGAUCAGCUCGGUGUCCCGUGACGAGCUCAUGGAGGCUGUCCAGAGGCAAGAGGAGAUCAACCUCCGCCUGCAGGACUACAUCGACAGGAUCAUCGUGGCCAUCAUGGAGACCAACCCGUCCAUCUUGGAGGUCAAGUAGUCCCUCCAAGACCAGCCUGGCUGCUCAGUCCUCCACCAGCACCCAGAGAGCCCCUCGCACCUUGAGGAGCUACGCCCAGGCAGUGGGGCUGCAGAGGGUGCACAGCAGUACCAAGGAGGGAGAAGAAGAGCCCCCAGCCUGUAGUCCACAGUGGACAGGGAGGGGGCAGGGCCUCUCAGUCUCUGUGCAGUGUCAUGGCAGUCUCAGGCUGGGACAAGUCCCUCUGACUCCCUCAUGACAGACCCCUCUUCCCACCAGGGCUAUGACAGCCACACAAGCGCCCUGACACAUCCAAUCCUGGUUGCUCCAGAUGGACCCCCUGUAGGGGACAUGGUGGUGUGGGAAGGACAGGUGGGUGAGGCUGACACGUGCAGGGUCUGGCUAUGAGCCACAGGCCCCUAGUGCUCUCCUCCCCGACUGCUCAGGACAUCACCCAGCCAAAUGCCACCUCGAUCCAGCUUUAGGCCCAAGGGCCUCCAAGCUGUGCAGCCAUCCCAUGGCCUGACCCUUGCUGCAGUAGCCCUCAGGGACUCUUGACUCUUAUGCCAGGACUGGAGCAGGAGCCCACUGAGACUCUUUGCUCUGAAGUCAGGACUUGGGAUCCCGACUCUGGAACUCAUUGCGUGGAUGGUGGACAGUGCUGUCCUGACUCCCAGGUGCAGGGGCCACUUCUCUGGGUGUGGCCUGCCUUGGCCUCCUGGAGCAGUCCUCCCUAGGCGGACUGCCAUCGCCUUGGGUGAAGUCAGAUUUUUUGGGCCCCGGUCCAGGAUCUGAAACCUCAUGGCUCUGACUUAAAAUCGCUGUUCUUCCUGAGGGUGCAGGAGGGCAGGGAAGCAGGCUUUCCCAGGACUUGAGCAGUGGCUCCUUGCAAGCUGCUGGCCCAUAGCCUGUGGGAGUGAGUGCGUGCCUUGUGCACCUGCAGCCCUGCGCCUCCACGUGGCCCUCCACACUAGAGCUUGUGUGGCCCCGUGUUGUACAGUUUUGGGGAAAGCCUCGGGUGUAAAUCAAUGUAAACUUGGAGGAGAGAUUUUUCUAUCAUGUAGAGUAGGUAUUUUUUAUAGAUUGAAGGUUGAUCAAUUUUUUAAUACUUUACAGAGAGAAAACUAUCUGUGUAUACACAUAAAAUAUAUAUAUAUAUAUAUAUAUAUGUAUGUAUAAUAUAUAAGUACUGGAGCCUGCCUCUCUGUGCCCAGGUCCUAGCCCUGACAUGACUAUGGCCUGUCCUGCUGGCCCCCAGCAGUGCUGGGGCUGCAGACACGCUUCCAGGAGAUACACCAACCAACCUGCACGCUGCUUCUGUUCCCCAGAGAAAUGGCUCUUCCUGCCAGGAAGCAGGAGGGUGGGAGACCAGGAGGGUCUUGCCCGAUUUGUCAAGCCACCACAGAUUAAAGCUGUUACCAUACACACAAA